CCUUGUUUUCAAUGCGAAAGUGACGUCUCUUGAUGAAAAUUCUCCUCGUUUCUAGAAUUUACGAAAACAAUAACGGGAAUUAGCAGUGACAUUCAUUGAACAAUAUAAUGCUCUCUUAUCUUUAUUAUAUCAGAGAAACGUUUGCGAUAAAUUUAAUUGAUUAAUGGGUGCAGCGCAUACGACUAAACUUACAGAAAAAAUGGAGAAUUCUCAACGUUCAAAUGGACGAGAGAAAACGGAAGAACAACCGCGUGUAAACAGCAGCACAAGGCCAUUAUCAAUUGAAGGGCCAUCAAAUAUGAAUAAUACUGAGCCACAAAUAUAUGAACCAUUGCCAAACCAACCUAGGCAACCAACAAAUUUACAAGGAUUACUUAGGUAUGCUAUGGAAGCAACCCACUCUCAAAGUAAUUAUGAUACACAGUUUCAACCCAUUGAUAAAGAAAGACAAGAAUUUUUGAAAGAAACACUUUGCUCUCUAUCAUGCAAUGUGAUCGAGGAAUUACAAAAAGCUAUAAAACUAUUAUCAAAUAUAGUUAAUGUUCAUCCAGAUGAUGAUACAUCGCAAUAUGAAUCUGCAUUAGAAAGGAUUGUAGAUUUUGUAGAUAAUAUAGAUAUUGCUAAUGACUUUUAUAAAAUAGGUGGUUUUUCAAUAUUUCAUCCUUGCUUACACUCUCCUCAUAGCAGUAUUAGAUGGAGAGCAGCAGAUGUAAUUGCUGAAUUAACUCAAAAUAAUCCCUUCUGUCAAGAAAAAUUUCUAGAAACUGACUUGUUUCCCAUAUUAUUGAACAUGGUAGACACAGAUCCUGCAGAAACAGUCAGAAUCAAAGCUUUAUAUGCUGUUUCCUGCAUAGUUCGAGAACAUCCAAUGUCUUUGAUUGACAUGGAUUUACAUGAUGGAUAUUCUAUUCUCUUAAGAGCAAUGCAAAGUUCGGUAACAAAAUUACAAAUUAAGUCUGCAUUUCUUUUAUCCUCUCUUUGUAACAAGGAAAAUGUACAAAAUGUAAAAUUAAUACUGGUGAAUAUGGGCUUGAUUGAACAAGCUACAGGUUUGCUGGCCAUUAAUGAUAUACUUCCAGAAAUUAGAGACCAAUUGCUAAAUAUUCUUGACGGUUUGACCAACGAUGAUUUUCUCCCUGCUUUAAAAGAAUGCAGACGACCUGAACUUCGUUUACAGUCUACAUUAGAGCAUUACAUAAAGGAUUUAAAACACGAGGACAAUCCUGACCAGAUAGAUAUAUGUCAUCGAAUGAUACAGAAGGUUUUUUCCGAUCAAGAUACAAAUCAAGAAAGAUAA